GCAAUAUGGCUGUCAGUAUAAAUUUGAUGCUUGUAAGAUGCUUUUCUCUCCGAAUAAUUGGCAAAAUCUAACAUAUAGAUAUAAAAUUUUAAAUAGUUCAGAACGUAAUGUGAUAUAUGGAGUUCCUGUAAAAUGGGAAAUGGGAAUGCGGGUCAGUUGAAUAUUAAAACGUUUAUUUUAAAUUGAUAACGACGAUAAAGUUAAAUAAUCGACAUUCCCGUUUAAGGUUUAUGCUAAAAAUUUAAUUUCAUAAUCCAAAGCCAUGGCAUCGAGGCUCGAUCGGUUAUUUAUAUUACUGGAGACUGGAACUAAUUCAGCAACAAAAAAAGCAGCUGCUCAACAGUUGGGUGAAGUUCAGAGGCUUCACCCACACGAGCUACAUCAUUUGCUAGCACGUGUGUCAGCUUUGUUAAAGUCCCCGCAAUGGGACACCAGAGUAUCAGCUGCACAGGCCAUACAAGCAAUACUCACUCAAGUACCUGUGUGGGAUCCUCAACCAAUAAAAAAAGAAUUGUUAGACAAAGAAAAAUUCCAGCGUAAUGAAAAUCCCAAAAACCAAUUGACAUUCGAAAGUUUUGACAUGAACCAGGUACUGGCAAAGAGCACACAUUUAACUGGAUCAGAGGGUAGUGAGUACGAUCUAAUAAUUGCUGAGGGUGAUCAGCAACAGGCUUUUAGUAACCAGGGUGAUAAAUUAUUAGCUGCUAAUUUAGGACUUGAUCCGCGAUUAAUUGGAGUUGACACUUCGGAACUCUUUACUGCCGAGGAUCUUGCACUUCCUGUUAAAUUAUCUCAAGCUCAAUCGAACAAAAUAUCAGUAAGCGAAACACUUGAGCAGUCUGGUGGAUUGAGUAGACGUGAAAUAAAUCGAGCGAAACGCAAAGCGAGACAGUCGAUAUCUAAACAGCGAUCACGUGAACCAGAUGAGCAGCUUGAGACACCAAAUAAUGUAAUACAGUCAAAUGAUAAUGUAGAAUCUCUUAAAAAAAAAAUAAAAAUGGAGGAUGUAGUCUCAACAGAUUUAAGCUCAAAUUGUGAAUCAAAAAAAGACGAGACGUGUAUCUCAGCAGUACCUGAUGGUACAGGCUCUUGGCCUGAUACAAUAUUAGAUUGGCCAUUGGAGUCAUUUAGUGAAAGCCUCUGCCAAGAUCUCUUCAGUCAGAAAUGGGAGAUAAGACAUGGGGCAGCCACGGCAUUGCGUGAACUUGUACGACUUCAUGGUAAAGGAGCUGGCAAGUCACGUGACCAAACUCAAGAGGAGAUGGAAGAAAGUAAUCGUCGUUGGAUAAUAGACGCUGCGUUACGCCUUCUCUGUGUACUAGGACUUGAUCGUUUUGGUGACUUCGUGUCCGACCAAGUGGUCGCACCUGUUCGGGAAACUUGCGCUCAAGCUCUGGGUUCCCUAGUUCUUUUGCUGCCCAAUGACGGGGGUAAAGGUAUCAUGGGAAUAGUCAAAGUUUUGUUAAAACUUUUAGAACACGAUGAGUGGGAAGCUAGACACGGAUCUCUUCUAGCCUUGAAAUAUUUACUGGCUGUAAGGGACGAUCUUUUGGAUCAAAUUCUUCCUGCUGCAUUUCCAGCAGUGAUACGAGGACUUUCCGAUCCUGUAGAUGAUGUUGGAGCAGCAGCAGCCAGCGCACUUAUUCCAGUAGCUUCAACACUGCCGCGAUUAUUGAAAUCCGAUCAGCUUCAAGCAGUAAUAGGACGACUCUGGGAACUUCUUCGUGACCAAGAUGACCUUGCAGCUGCAUGUAAUAGUUUUAUGGGAUUACUUGCGGCUAUACUUUCAUUACCCGCAGCACGAGCUUGUCUAUCACCACAACCAUUAUCAUUAGUAUUACCACGAUUGUGGCCGUUUCUCAGCCACGCAAGUUCAAGUGUACGUAAGGCAACACUACAAACUUUACAAACGUUAACAGGAGAAGACAAAGACAAUGAAGAAAACCGAAAGGAACGAUGGGGUGAAGAGGGGAGUGUAAUUCUCCAAGAAGCACUACGUCAUGUUUUCCAGCGAGUUUUAAUUGAACAUGUAACUGCUAUUCAAGAAGUCGCUGAAAAAGUUUGGGAGAAUCUUGUGGUUCACAGCGACCUUGAGUUACUUCUUCACGCGGCUUGUCCGCUUAUCAGCACGUGGCUCUGCUUAGCGAUGCAGCCCGAUAACGUUCCAUUUAAUGCUCUACUUCUCAUAAAUUACAACAACAUAAAUGUUAAUUCUAGCCCAUCAAAAGUUGCGCCAAAAACCGGUCAAACAAACGGAGACGGACAGUCGGAUUCUGGCAGCAGCAGCAUCAGCAUCACAGGAAAGUCUGCAUCUGAACUAAAGGUUUACAUUGGAGGGAUUGAAACGGUGCCUCAAGCAGUUCGAUUAUCAAAUUCCGUACGAGCACGAAUAAUGGCCACACGGAUGCUCGGUUUGUUGUCUCGCUAUGUCGUAAAACCUGCACCAGGUGUCGUUUACACUCCAGAUAUUCCCAGCCCAGCAUUUUGCUAUGCCAGAGUACUACUAGCCCAUCUCGCUUCGAGAUCUGCUCUCCAGCGUACCGUCGUAGGCCUAACGAUUGCUCAUUGGGCAGCUUUAGAACAUCCUCAUACUCCAGAGGUACCUGAUAUUCUGCGUGAUAAACUUUUAGGAUGUCUAAGUGAGUGUACAUACUACGAUGAAAUCGCUGGCGCUUUCACAAGACUUUUACACGACAGCAAAGAUUACAUGGCGACUUUGAAACAUUACAAACUAAUGUUGCCUAUCGCCGCUGAAAAUACAAGUGGAGUAUUAACUCUUGAUCAAAUUACUAGUCUUGCAGGAAAGCCUAUCAUUGGCUUACAAGCUUUAAAUAGUGGAACGAGUACUGGAGGUACUGGUGGAGGUGGGGCAGCAUUGAACAAAUUGAAACCAAAACUUGUGACCAGUCUUGAGGAACGAAGGAAAACACUUGAAGUUGGAGCAUCGAAUACGGCUGCUCAGCAACUAUCGCUAAAUGUCAUGGCCAUGGCUGCACUUUCUGGUGGAGCGACGAUGCUGCACUGCUUACCUGAACCUCCACAGCCAUUGAAUCCCCUAGUGAAACCUUUGAUGGAAGCGAUCAAGCGAGAGGAAGACGAAGACUUGCAGAGACUUGCGGCUAAACAUUUAGCUCACCUGGUUGACCUUUGCACUGAUCGGACACCAUCUCCGAACAACAAAAUAACCACUAAUCUGUGCACAUUCCUGUGUUCUGACAUGGAGUUCACGCCACGUGUGACAGACCGUGACUCGGAUGUCUUUGAUGGUAUUUUGACUCUUAACAAUAGAAAUAAACAUGCGGAACGAAUCGCUUAUAACAGAGGAACAGGAAUCGGAGGAUCAAGUAGCGGACGAGGGCCUGGUAGGCCUCCAGCUACAGAAAUACCUUUGGAGGAAUUGUUAGCUUACGAAGAACCAGAAGCAAAAGCUGCAAGAAAUCGUCGUCGGGGCGCUACAUUUGCACUGACAGCCAUCGUAAAACUAAUCGGGUCGCAGUUACCAACUCGUCUACCUCAUCUCUGGGACAUAAUUAUUAUGAAAAAUCAAAAUAAAGUCGAUCUGUCAUUGCAAAGUCACGUUAAUCGAACAGAAGAAGUCAAUAAUUUAAUUUUUAAUUUACAAGUUAUAGAAGUCGUAGUGUCCAGUCUUGAUAAAUCCAUUCUACCUCCAGUACUUGAAUGCUUACCGAGACUGUGUAAUCUUUUAGCUCACCCGUACAAAGCCGUAAGACACAUGGUGUCACGGUGCAUAGCCACCUUUGCUGUUUUGAACACCGAAAUUACAAUGGGACAUGUCGUGCGUUCUGUGAUUCCACUUCUAGAAGCUCACACUGCUGAUGCCGGUAAUUCUAGAAUCCCGGCAACUCCAACUGAGAGCGAUUUACGCCGUCAAGGCGCAGCAGAAGUACUCACAUGUAUUGUCGAGAAUCUUGGAGUCAACGUCGUACCAUUCGCUGUUCUUUUUAUGGUUCCGCUUCUUGGCAGGAUGUCCGAUCAAAAUCAAGCUGUAAGACUUGUCUGUAACUCAACAUUCGCAACGCUGAUACAGCUGCUACCUUUGGACUCUGGGUCAAUUACCGAUCCCCCGCAUCUCGCUGAGGAGAAAACUCAAGAGCGAAAAUUUCUCGAGCAACUGCUUAACCCUCGUAGCAUUCCCGAAACUAAAUUGACAGUUAAAGUCGCUGCGGAGCUGAGAUCUUAUCAGCAACAAGGACUCAACUGGCUCGACUUUCUCAAUCGCUAUCGACUACACGGUGUCCUGUGUGACGACAUGGGCCUGGGAAAGACUCUCCAGACUUUGUGUAUCCUGGCGAUAGAUCACCAGCGUAAUAAAGAUUCACCACCGAGUCUUGUUAUUUGUCCGCCGACGUUGACUGGCCACUGGGUAUACGAAGCUGAGAAAUUUUUGCAGUUGAAAGAUCUCCCGGUGCUACAGUACGCUGGGUCUCCACCGGAACGAGAAAAACUUCGACCCCGUGUUCAUCAGUAUCGAUUAAUUGUAGCGAGUUAUGACAUCGUUCGAAAAGAUCUUGAAUUUUUCGAAACAAUUCAGUGGAAUUAUUGUGUUCUUGACGAAGGCCACAUAAUAAAAAAUGGAAAAACUAAAAAUGCCAAAGCUGCUAAAAAAUUACGAUCGUAUCAUCGAUUGAUACUGUCAGGUACACCCGUUCAAAAUGACGUACUCGAAUUAUGGUCACUCUUUGACUUUUUGAUGCCUGGUUUUCUCGGGAGUGAAAAACAAUUUGCUGCUAAAUAUUCAAGACCGAUUCUUGCAUGCAGAGAAUCUAAAGCUGGACCUAAAGAACAAGAAGCUGGAGCACUUGCUAUGGAGGCUCUUCAUCGGCAGGUAUUGCCGUUCCUUUUACGACGUAAUAAAGAAGACGUUCUUCAAGAUCUGCCUCCAAAAAUAACCCAGGAUUACUAUUGCGAGUUAUCGUUACUACAAAAAAAACUUUACGAAGACUUCCGGACACGUCACUCAGCAACGCUUAUGUCAAACUCUACGUCACCAUCAACGGCAUCCUCUCCUUCACGCGGUCAUGUUUUCGAGGCACUUCGUUAUUUAAGAAAUGUUUGCAACCAUCCAAAAUUAGUUUUAGGUCCAAGUCAUCCUCUCUAUCAAACAGUUCAAGCUCAACUAGACCAACAGCAGACUAAUUUAUCAGACAUAGAACACAGCGCAAAAUUACCAGCAUUGAAACAACUACUCCUGGACUGUGGAAUCGGUCAAACCCAGCAACAAAAACCUUCGACGCCUUCUGGACUAAUCGAUAGUCAGCAAACGACACAGCAACUCGUCAGCCAACAUCGGGCUCUUAUAUUUUGUCAAUUGAAAGCCAUGCUAGAUAUUGUUGAAAAAGAUCUUCUCAGCGUUCAUUUGCCGACUGUGACGUAUCUUAGACUAGAUGGAAGUAUUCCAGCAAUUCAACGACACGCGAUCGUCGCUAGAUUUAAUGCCGACCCGUCUAUUGACGUGCUAUUGUUGACGACACAGGUUGGAGGACUGGGAUUGAAUUUGACUGGUGCGGACACUGUUAUUUUUGUUGAACAUGACUGGAAUCCGAUGAAAGACCUCCAGGCGAUGGACCGAGCUCAUCGGAUUGGGCAGAAGAAAGUUGUUAAUGUUUAUCGACUGAUAACCAGAUCAACUGUUGAAGAGAAAAUUAUGGGACUGCAAAAAUUCAAACUUUACACCGCUAAAACUGUCAUCAGUACAGACAACUCAUCGUUAGAUACCAUGCGAACCGAACAAUUAUUAGAUUUAUUUUCUUUGGAAAAUGGACGGGAAAAAAGAGCUGACGAGGGAGAAAAUUCACGAGGAAUUAAUGCUAUUCCAGGAGUCAGCCGAUCAGUUCUAGAAAUAAUACCAGAACUAUGGGAACAACAGCAGUAUGACGACGAAUAUGAUCUUGACGCAUUUUUAUCAACGUUAAAAGGAACCAACUUGUGAAAUUAUUAUUUAUAGUAUCCCA